AAACUCAACCAAUCGACUGCUGCAGCUGACGGCAUCAGCCAUCAGUUGUUGUCAGUUGUUUUCGGCUGUCAAUUUUUCUAGCAAGGUUUUUUAUUGUGCGCUGCUGUUUUUGCGCUGUUUUUAGCAUACGCUUUGGAAAAUAUUUUUUUUUUUAUAAAUUUGCUUUGUUUAUUACUACAAUGUCAUUUUGCACACUUCCAAAUUUUUACAUAGAAAUUUGUAAUAUUUGUAGCACAAGGAGAGUGAAGGAAAUACUUUUCUCUGCCGUGUUUAAAUUGUUUUGAUUACGGGAAAUCCUUUUUGAGCAUUUGUCUAGUGUACUCUGCCAUUCAUGAAUUCUCUUUUCCUCUGACUUUGAUUCUCUUUUGUGAUUGUACAUCAGCUGUUUGUCUUACAAAAGCAAAAACAACUUCAUAAGUAUUAAAAAUAACAAUGAAAAACGUUGAGGGGCUUAUAUUGUGAAUAUGUAUUAUCUUUUCAUAAAUAAGUCGCCUUAAUUGUGGUAUUUGUAACAAAUAAGUGGAGCCCGAAUUAAUUUAAACGAAAUAAAAUAAUGCAGUUUUCAUUAAAUUUGAAGAAUUUGUUUAUAUAUUGCUUAAUCGGUAAAUAUUUAAUGUCGGGCCUAAAAUCUUGUUUAAUGGGCUACAAACAAACUAUUUAUUUGGUCACUAACAAUGGGUUAACACAGGUGAUGGUUUGACAGUCGUUUAUAUUAACAUACCUGUUUUAUUUACUAAACAGCUGCUUUUACGUGGUCGCUUGCACAAGAUACUUCGUAAACAAAAUCAUAAAUAACCAUCUCAAAUAACCUCAAACAAAAAAACCAUAGCAACUGGCAGGAAAUUAAUAAAGCUGCAUUUUUUAUUGAACAAACAAUUAUUUCUGAAAAACGCAGAAGAGAAAAAAAGCGCAUCACCUUAAGCGCAAAAUGGAUAAGCCGCAAAUGAUUGAGCACAUCCAACAGAAUGUUGACUACACAAUUUACGAUGUCAAAUGGAUACCGUGCUCCGCGAAAUUUGUAGUGCUCGGCUCUAAACCCAAUAGCAAUGGCAUAUUGGAGAUAUAUGAAUUGAAUGAAGCUAGAGCUGAGAAAGUCAAACAAGUUGUUAAGAAGACAGCCUUCAAGUGUGGCUCUUUUGGUGCAUCCAGUUUGCGUAAUCGGCAUAUGGCUAUUGGUGACUUUGAAGGACGUAUGCAAGUAAUCGAUCUUGAGCGCCCUGAUUUACCCGUAUAUAAUGUAGAAGCACACUCAAGCAUUAUAAACAGCAUAGAUGCAAUUGGUGGUAAACAGUUAAACUGUGGUGCACCGGAAAUUGUAACUGGUAGUCGUGAUGGCGCCGUCAAGGUGUGGGAUAUGCGUCAAGGUGCAGCGCCCGUUGUUGACAUUAGUCCGGAAACGGUGAAGGGUGAUGUCGUAAAUCGUACAGAACGUCGUGAUUGCUGGGCUGUGGCUUUUGGAGACAGCUACAAUAACUCUGAACGAAGUGUUGCCGCUGGCUAUGAUAAUGGUGAUCUAAAGCUUUUUGAUCUGCGUCAAUUGGCUGUACGUUGGGAAACAACGCUGAAGAAUGGUAUUUGUGGCAUUGAAUUCGAUCGUGCUGAUAUACCAAUGAAUAAAAUGGGUGUAACAACAUUAGAGGGUGGGCUGCUUGUAUAUGAUAUGCGUACACAACAUCCAACAAAAGGAUUUAGUUUUGUGGAAGAGCGCAAUGCUGGACGCAGUGUAGGCUCGAAUGGUGUCAUAACUGGGCCCAAAUCGACAGUAUGGGCUAUAAGACAUUUACCACAGAAUAGGGAUGUAUUUGUUUCUUGUGGUGGCACUGGCUCUAUACGUCUGUGGCAAUAUGAAUAUCCGGAAAAGAGACGCAAACCGGAUGCUGAUAAUAUUGAACUAGGUGUGCCGGGUACGUUAAAUAUGUUGCACGCCUCUACAGUGUCCUCACAACCCGUGCAUAGUUUUGAUUGGCACCCGGACAAAUUGGGUUUGGCUGUGUGUGGUUCGUUUGAUCAGUGUGUACGUGUUUUAGUGACCACGAGAUUAAAUUUACUUUAAAUAUUUGAGUUUGUAGUUAAAAUAUAUUUUAUUUUAUAAACAUAAAA